ACGAACAAACCCAAAUAAUGUCAAAAUAUUCAGCAAUAAUUUGUUUUUGAUGUUUUUUAUUUUGGUUAAAGUUAAUUUUAACGUUUCGAAGUAAAAAGGUAUCUGUCAACUUGAAUACACGUACAAUUUUCUCAUAUAUAGAAUGUUGAAUAAGUGAGAUUCCUUUCCUGAAGAUAUUUUUAAUCAAAUCAGAGUGAUACGGUCUCCGAAACUUCCGGGCAAUCGUAAUCAUGUCUAUAGUGUCGGAAACUAUAGACUACAGCCCUCUGUUGACAUGGAAGCUACCACCUAAAAAAUGCAUAGAUUUCAAAAACCUGGAAUUGAUUCCCAUUGAUACUAGUUCUGGUACAUUACAACUCUUUCAAAAUUGCACCAUCCAAGGCCCACACAUCCCAAAUUCUACAAACACAGCUUGUCAGAUCACUACUGAUCAGCAACAUCAUAUUCAACAACAUGAACAGCAACAACAUGAACCCCCACUUCAGAUACACCAUCAACAACACCAUAUUCAACAUCCGCAACAAAUGCAACAUCAGUCACUUCAGCAGCAUCAGCAACAACAACAUCAGCAGCAGCAACAACAGCAUCAGCAACUACAACAGCAACAGACUCAGUGUAAUAGUGAACCUCAAAUGAACACAGUUUCCUUAGAAACAACGGAAAAGGCCACUUCCAAAAAGGUUAAAGAUAAAGUUCCUAUUAAAAAGAAAUUCAAAAGAUUUCCUGUUGAUGGAAUGGCAUAUCAUAGCCAGCAGCUGGGGCUCAAAGUACCUCCAAAAAAGACUUUAGGUAUCAAAGGAAUGAUCAUUCACAGUCAGGCACGUGAAGUGAUCAACAAUGUUUUCAAAUUCAUGAAGGAGGAGGCCCAUAAUGGGAUCAAAAUUCCCAUAGCUAAUUACAGGGAGAGGGUUUUAUCUGCGACUGGUAUAUCCAAAUGUACCUAUUCCAAAAUAACGACGAAAGAAUUUCGACUGGGAGAACCUCAGCCAUGCAGGAAGAGAAAAAGUCUGAAACUUGAUGACAGUUUUUUGGACAAAACGGUUACAGAAAACGACAGUUUGUAUAGGCCUAAAAUCAAUAGAGAUGCUUCCACUCGUGAUGGAGUUUACAAUUUGGAAGAUCUCGUACCAGGUUAUAUUUUGGAUACGCUUGCGCCUGAAGCAGGACAAAUUAUGACCAUGGGCACCGUUGAUCCAUUCAAUUUGAGCCCUUUCCCUGCAUCCAGCAUAUCAAAAAUUCUGAUGGCUGACGCAUCAGAAGAAAUACAAGUUCGAAGCAUAACCAUCUUUUUGUAUAUACAUUAUCUAAUUAAGUACAUGAUUACACCUAUGAAGGCAGUAACAAAGAAAUUUGUUGCUUGCGAUAAAUCAGCCGAUGUAAAUGCCCAUAUAUUGGACAACUUUUCUGUCAACAGUCCACAUGGAAGGACACGCCCAUUACACAUCAAAGACAAAGCCCUCUGUUUCAUAUUAGUAUUAGCUGCGAUAGCAUUGAACUAUGAGGUGGACGUUCAGAGUCUUUCGAAAGAUUUGAAGAUCGGUGUCAAGAAGACUUUGGAAGUGUCGAGGAUUCUUGCUUUCAAUGCUUCGAGUAAAGACAAGAAUGUCGUGCAGCUGAAAUUGCCAUUACCAGAACCCGUCAGUUUCAAUCCAAAAAGGAAGCGAAAGACAUUGUAAAGAGAGUUUUUUUAUUAUAUGACCUACUUGUAGAAUAAAUAUAAAAUAUAUGAAAAUAUAUUGAAAUCAAAAUUU